AUGGGAUUCAAGUCGGAGAUCAAGCAUGACCUAUCCUCAGAGGCCAACAGCCCAGCGGUCGAGGAGGCCGGCGAGAGCCUCUCCUCGAUGCGCGGCGGAACGCUCCAGGACAAACGCGACAUGUAUCGAAUCGGCAACAGUCAGGAGUUGAACAGGAACUUUCGAUUUGUGUCUGUCUUGGGAUUCGCAGCUGUGCUGAUGUGUACGUGGGAGGUUGUCAUGAUAGCGAGCACUACUGGUCUAGUAAACGGAGGGCUGAGUGGCAUGAUCUACACCUACAUCGGCGGGCUGUUUGGCUUCUCGUUUGUGAUUCUGUCCAUGGCCGAGAUGGCUUCGAUGGCUCCAACGUCUGGAGGACAGUACCAUUGGGUCUCUGAAUUCGCGCCGGCCAGCAGCCAGAGGUUCCUGAGCUAUGUGACCGGCUGGGUCUGCGUCCUCGGCUGGCAUACGGGCAUUGCGGGCUGCUCCUAUACAGUUGCGAACAUGCUCGUCGGCCUUAUUGCAAUAAACAACCCAGGCUAUCAACCUGAGCGGUGGCAUGGUACUCUGCUGAUUAUUGCCAUAGCCCUCGUGGCUAUAGUCUUCAAUACCUUCUUUGCACAGAAGCUGCCUUUCAUCGAGGGGGUCAUCCUCCUCGUCCAUGUAUUCGGAUUCUUCGCGGUCCUGAUCCCUCUCUGGGUCCUGGCUCCCUUGAAUUCAUCUGAGGAUGUCUUCCUGAAUGUGGUCGACCGGGGGGGAUGGGGAAAUAAUGGCCUCGCCUGUCUUGUCGGAUUAGGUGCCCCCAUCUAUGCCCUUAUUGCCGAAGAAAUCAAGGAUGCUUCCCGAGUAUUACCCCUGAGCAUGCUUUGGACCCUCAUUUUGAACGGAACCACCGGUUUGAUUAUGCUCAUCACAUACGCCUUUUGUGUGUAUGACAUCGAUGCAGUCCUCAAAGACCAGACCGGCUUCCCCUUUAUUUCCGUCUUCUUGCAUGCUACCCAGUCUGUUAGGGCAACAACAGCAAUGACAUCCCUCAUAUUGGUCCUUCAGGCCUGUUCAGCCAUCAGCAAUGUUGCCACUACUUCCCGCCAGCUCUAUGCAUUCGCCCGUGACGGUGGCAUUCCUUUCCCUUCAUUUUUUGCCAAGAUAGAUAAACGCUUCGUCGUCCCUCUCAACUCUCUCUGUGUCAGCUUCUUCAUCGUCUGCCUGCUAUCCCUGAUAAACAUCGGGUCAACAGUUGCGUUCCAGGCCAUCAUAUCGCUUGGUACUGCCUCGCUUCUGUCGUCGUACAUUAUCUCCAUCGCCUGCGUUCGCCUCAGGCGCUGGCGCGGUGAGCCACUUCCACCAGCUAGAUGGAGUAUGGGCCGGUGGUCCAGCACAGUUGAGACCAUGGCGAUACUCUUCCUUCUCAUCGCCUUUAGUUUCUCAUUCUUCCCCUUGGCUAGCAAAGUUGACGUGACAACUAUGAAUUGGAGCUGUGCCAUUUUUGGAGGAGUGGUCAUGUUCUCUCUGAUCUAUUACGUCCUGCAUGCCAGGCAUGUCUAUAAGGGACCAGUCACGCGAAUAAGGCCCUGGGCAGAAGCAGCUCGAAUCGAAUAA